AUGGCUUUGGACAAUGAAAAGUAUCUACGGCAACUCCAACGAGAGUAUCUUGACUUCUUGGAUGACGAUGUGAGUAGAGGAUUGCUUAUUUUUGGAUCAAAUCCUGCGUGUAGUCUAGCUGUGCGAAAGAGCUUGUCUCGCACAUGGUGAACACACCAUUUCUGAUUGAUUUCCGUUAGUAUGUUCGCAAAUUUCAGUCGGCACAUAAUUUUUUUUUACUUUUAGUGAUGAAUUUGUGACUGUUAGCUUGCUAUUUUUUUUCAGUAAAAUGUUAGAGACAUCCAUGCCGAUGAAAGGUUUAUACAACAUCACAUGUUCAGUUCCCGGGAAAUUUUAAUUCCUGUACACGACCUUAUUUGCAUGAUUUUCACCAUCAACAAUUUCUGUCGAUCUCCAUCGUGGAACCUAUCGUGGCAUCUUUUAGUGAAAUGAAUGCUUAUACCUUAACUACAUUUAUGGGUCAUGUAUACAGGGCAUCUUUUCCUGAUGCCGAAUUUAAGUGGUUUCAAUGGCUUUUAAGCCUUAAUAUGUAUUGUUGUUCUCGCAGGAGGAUCAAGGAAUUUAUCAUGGCAGAGUUCGUGACAUGAUAAGCAGAAAUGAAUGCAGAUUGAUUGUAAACAUUAAUGAUCUGAGGAGAAAAAACGAAAAAAGAGCUGUUGAGUGAGUUUAGACCAUUAAAGUAUUUUUAGUUAUAAAAUCCUACCAUCAUUUUGAAUGAAUUUCCUAAUAAAAAAGUUACAAGAGGUGCAGCGAGUUGAGAUCAAGACCCUUGUGAGACUACAUCUAUAUAUUUUUUUGUUUUGCAUGGUUUAUGUUUGACUUCCUCAACACUUUGACUCCUAAGAGUGACCAAGGCAAUUUCUCCUCACAAUAUCAAUACAAUAUGAAGCAGAAAAGUGUUAAGAAUACAGGAAAAUAUCACUUUUAGGGGAUUAUUAAUUGAUCUAAUACCAAAUUCACCAAACUCACAUAAUAAGAAUUGUAUGGCAGAAAUUAAAGGAAAUUACCAAUGAGAUCUUGAGAGUGAAGGGGUUAGUUUGGAAAUCUCCUGGCUCAAACUAUUCUCUCAUGAUUACCCCCUGAGAACACUUAAUAAUUACUGAACUGAUAUUCUUUUAAUUUUUUCAGAAUUCUCAACAAUUCCUUCGAGGAGUUAAUUGCAUUUCAGGUAUUUCUUUAAAUUCUUAAUUUCUAUUUUCAAUCUUGUUCAUUGAUCAAAAUAUCAAAAUACAUUUAAAAUUGGUGUUUUAUUAUUUAAGAGUUACAUUUGCCCUCUUUAGAAUGCCUUAAAGGAGUUUGUGAGCUCUGCAGAUACAGCUUACGGCAGAAAAAAUGAAGAGUUCUUUAUUGGAUUUGACGGAAGGUACUUUUAUUGAUUGUUUUUGAAUAGAGGCUAUAUUCACCUUAAAUUAUUCAAAGUGGAGUAGUAGUGCGUAUUAGUUUAGUUGAAAAUAUUUUUUUUCUAUUUUGUAGCUUUGGUGCAAAGCAUGUAACUCCUAGGUCACUUUCUGCUCGUUUUAUCGGGAACAUGGUCUGUGUGGAGGGAAUUGUCACUAAGUGUAAGUUAAAUGUUGAUUGUUACAGUCGUUUUUAACCCUUUCACACCCAAGAUCUCAUUAUUAAUUAUUAAUUAAUCAUUAUUAACAGACCAGCAUCUUAUUUCAGCUUACAAUAUCACCCUUGAAUUCAUGAGAAUAAAGGAAAUGGUCAACAACUAAAGAGGCUGUGGAUUGUUGAACAAAUUCUUCUUGUCAGCACCUUAGGAAAUGUAUAUAGAAUAGUAUAAAGAAUAUAUGCAUACUGAUGUUAGGGUGUAAAGGGUUUAUGUGUUUAGUUUGAGCUGAUUUGAGCCGGGCUUUGUCCACUGUCAAACAUUCCAGACAACCACAGGUGUUGUAGUUCUAAUUUGUUUUUUUUUAUCUUAUUUUCCAGGUUCACUUGUGAGGCCUAAAGUUGUACGCAGUGUUCAUUACUGUCCUCAGACGAAGAAGACUUUGGUUCGUAGGUACACAGACCUGACUUCUCUGGAUGCCUUCCCAACAAGUUCAGUCUAUCCAACAAAGGUAACCUAUGCCAUUCAUUUGCUGUUUAAUCCUUUAAAUCCUAAUUGAUUAGUGAUUAGCAUCUACUAUCAAUCCUUUGUAUCAUGGUAAUUUCAUUUUGAUAGAAAUUUAUCUUGUAUCUUCAGGAUGAAGAUGGUAAUCCGCUGGAGACUGAGUAUGGUUUAUCAACCUACAAAGAUCAUCAGACAUUUACAAUUCAGGUACAACUAUAGAGAUGCUCUUGUGAUAAUCAUUUAUCGCACAUAUGGCUUAAACUCACCUGUAACCGAUCCCCUCACUUUUUUCUUCUUGUUUGAGAUAAAGUACUCUUGUCUAACUUUUUGUACCUGACUGCAUUGUUGAAAUUUAUUAUAAUGGCAAUAUUAUUAUUCCAUAUAGUUUUGUACACAUUUUCAAUCAUUUUAGCUCUGAGAAUUCUGUAUUUAUAGUCAAAUAGCAUGCUCAAAUCAAUACUUUUCUCUCUUCUCAUGACCAUUUUGAUUUAAAAUGUAGUUAAUGUUGUAGAGAGAAAUUUUUCUUUGGUCAUUCCUCAGAGUUCAAAGGUUGAACUGAAAUGGAGGUACAUAACUAGUCUAGUCACAAUUUGCUACCAACUCUGCUCAAACCAUACCUUUGAUUCAUGCCUAUAGAGGCACCUGUAGAAUUUUAUUUAUGUAUGCAUGUAAUUAUUUCACUCAGGAAAUGCCUGAAAAAGCUCCAGCAGGGCAGCUUCCUCGCUCAGUGGACAUCAUUUCUGAUAAUGACCUGGUAGAUAAGUGCAAGGUAUAUAUUGUCAUGGCCGUACAAUUUCAUCAAAAUUUUUGAGAAUAGUUUGAAGAAGUUUUAACUUUCAAUGCCUGAGCUUGGUUUUAUUCCCCUGUAGCCUGGUGACAGAGUACAAGUUGUUGGAAUGUAUCGUUGCCUUCCAUCAAAGAGAGCUGGAUUCACCCCAGGAACAUUUAGGUAGUAAUAAUGCCUUAACAAAAGAGCUUUCCUUUAACACUUUUACUAUUAUCUCAUUAGUAAUUCUCCUUACUGUUCACCAUUUAAUUAUUAUGAUGUUAGUUCAGAGAAUUUGGUAUUGGAUCAACCAAUUAUUCCCUGACAGAUAAAUUAUUUUCUCUUCAUUCCUAUCCCUUGUCUACUUGAUAUUGUAUCAGUGUUGUAUCGUAUCUGUCUUGGUUACUCUUGGUCCACUCUUGAGUGGAAUAAAGAAUAACUGCCUUUGCUUUUUUGUAAAAUUUAUAAUGGUAUUUCUGUUUUAUUUUCUACACAGAACUGUUCUCAUUGCUAACCACAUCCAUGUAUUGAGUAAGGAAAUUGCUCCAAAUUUUUCUGCUGCUGAUGUGUCCAACAUUAAGAAGUUCAGUCGUCGCAAGAAGGUUUGAAAACACUAAUAAUAAAAAAGUUUGCCAUCAUAUUUCUUAUUUUAAGUUGGAGAUGUGUUAAAAAUUAUCACAUUUAACUCUAUGUUUUUUUACAGGAUGUAUUUGAAAUGCUUGCCCAGUCCUUAGCUCCAUCUAUUCAUGGACAUGAGUACAUUAAGAGAGCAGUGUUAUGUCUGCUGUUGGGAGGAACAGAGAAAGUCUUGGAAAAUGGCACAAGACUGAGAGGGUACAUGUGGCCUAUACCUACUUGCUUUUCAGUAGAUUUUUGAAAUUGAUUGAAAUUAAUGGUUGAAAAUAAGUUUUUUUUUUCCUUUUUUGGUAUUUUGAAUGUGAGAUUGAAGAUCUAACUGCUGUUUUCUUUGUUAAUGUUCUCCUGACCAUUAUUAACUUUAACCCUUUUAACUCCCAGAUCAAAUUUGUAAUUCUCCUCACUGUCAACCAUACAAUUCUUAUAACAUUAGUUUAGAUUAUUGCAUCAACUAAUUAUCCCCAAAUUGAUAUUUUUCUUUAUUCUCAUCACUUGUCUGGUUCAUUUAUCUGGUUGAUAUUGGGUUAGAUAUAUUGUGUGAAUGGAGAAUGUGUACUACUUGAGCAGUUCUGUCUUGGUCACUGAACCCAUGGGAGUUAAAGGUCAUGGGUAAGGCCAUAUUUUCACUAAUGGUCAUUACUGCGAGGAUCAAUUUCUAAUCAAAAAUGUUUUUUCCUGUUUAUAUUUUGUGGUCACAAUUUCUAAUCAAAAUGUUUUUUUUCCCCUUAUUCUUGUAGGGACAUUAAUGUUCUGCUGAUUGGUGAUCCAUCUACUGCUAAGUCACAGAUGUUAAGGUAACAGAAAAACUCAUAAUUUUUACUUGACUUUUUUUCCCAGUUUGUUUAUUUAACAAUUAAAAUGUAAUAGUGUUGGUGUUUCAUUUGAGAAAUGUCUGAGAGUGUACUGUAGGAGAAACUUCUCAAUCAGUUUACUUUACAAAUGACUCGAAUCAAAUAAAACUGUUUUUUUUUUAAUGCUUAAAUGUAACCUAGUUCCCACAAGUGUCUCUGUGUCAAUGCAUAGUUGAAAAUGGUGUGAGAAUUCAUCAAAUUUGUCUUGUUCAGGUAUGUCCUCCACUCUGCCCCACGUGCCAUUCCAACUACUGGACGGGGUUCAUCAGGAGUUGGUUUGACUGCAGCUGUUACUACAGACCCUGAAACAGGUAAAACAGGUCAUGUGCAGUAUUUAAUCCAGUUCCCACCUUAUUGGUGACUGUUGCUCAAAUAGGAACUCGCAUUUGGUUUUGAAGGAGCUACACUGGAAAAGCUUGAAAUAUUAGAAUUUUUCUUAACACAUCUCCUCUAGAGAAUUGGCAUACCUUGAGAAGACAUAUUUUAGCAUUUUGCCAGGAAGUGAUCAGUAUGUAAGAACUAGUAUGUAAUAAAUUUAUUUUCUAGGUGAACGCCGAUUGGAAGCAGGUGCUAUGGUGCUUGCUGACAGAGGAGUUGUCUGCAUUGACGAGUUUGACAAGGUAAUAUUGAGUUCUGUUUGGUGAUUUGUUAUGGAUUAUAAAUGCGAUAUGUAUUUUAAAGACACUUUUUUUUCUGAAAAAUUUUAAUUUUUGAAGCAUCUGCUAGUUUAGAAAUGCAAAGACCAAGAAAUUCUCAAGGCAACAUGAUUUAAUGAUUGGAUAUGGUGAUCUUUCUAAGUUUCUAAAUUUUUUUUCUUCAAUCCACAGAUGAGUGACCUUGAUCGCACAGCCAUACAUGAAGUGAUGGAACAGGGAAGAGUCACUAUUUCAAAGGCUGGGAUCCAUGCCAAGCUUAAUGCACGCUGCUCUGUUCUUGCAGCUGCUAACCCAGUUUAUGGCAGGGUAAGAGUUGUUAUAAACCUGAUGAAGACUUGCUGAUCAACUGACAUACCAAAUGACUAUUAAACCAACUGGCUCAUUGGGUGGCUGACAGACAGACUUGCCAACUGAAUGGAUGACAAACAGUUUGACUGACUGACAGACAGACAGACAGAUGCUAUGACCAUGACUGAAAAACUGACUGAUGGACUAACAGACUGACUGACUGGCUAACUGACUGACUGGCAGACUGACAAACUGACAGGGAUUGACUGACAUAAAGACUGGCCAUCUGACUGACUGGCAGACUGACAAACUGACAGAGAUUGACUAACAGAGAGACUGACUAACUAACUGAUGGACUAACAGAAUGAAUGGCUGGCUUACUGACUGACUAGCAGGCUGACAAACUGACAGAGACUGACUGACUGAUGGACUAACAGACUGACAUGCUGGCUAACUGACUGAAAGGCAGACUAACAAACUGACUGUUUGACUGUCCAACAAACUAACUCUCUGUAACACUGACUGACUGACUGACUGACUGAAUGUUAGAGUGAUAUUUCAUUACUUUUCUCUUUGUUUCUUUUAUUCAUGCAGUAUGAUGAGUACAAAAAUCCUAUGGACAACAUUGGAAUGCAGGAUUCUCUUCUGUCUCGUUUUGAUUUGUUAUUUAUUGUGCUUGAUCAGGUAAGGCAAGCUUUGAAAAAAGUCAUUGUGAUCAAUGAAUAUGAUUUCAAAACCUUAUUGUCUAUGCAUGAACAAUUUUUCAUGGCAGAAUUGGCUAAGAGGAUGAUAGAAAGAUUCCAUUUGGGAGAGAUAGUUUUCUUUCCAUGAAUCAUAUUAAAUAUUUUGGGGGAUGGGUGCAAUUCAGUUGUAGGCUGCCUUCCCUCGCUUCCUUAUCAGUUUAACAGGGUGUUGUUUUCUGCCUUAUAGUUAACUAGCACCCCAACCUGCCACCUUUUAUAAUUAGGGUACAUUCAGUGGACAUGGAAGAGUAUUUAUAUUUCUUUCCUUAUCUGAAAGCAUUCAUUUCUUGAAUCAUCAAUCUUUGAUGCCGUGUAAUUGUUCUUUAUCUCAGUGUAAGUUAAAGGAAGAUGAUCUCAUGAGGUGUUUUGAGCAAAAUCAUUACUAUUAACCCCUUACACCCUAACAUCAGAAAGCAUAUUCUCCAUACUGUUCUCUAUACAUUUUGUAAGGUGCUGACAAGGAGAAUUUAUUCAACAAUCAAGAGCUUCUUUAGUUGGUGAUCAUCACCUUUAUUCUCAUGAUCUUGACGUUUGAUUCAGGGCUGAUGUUGUAAGCAGAAACUAGAUGUUAGUCACUCUUAGGGGUUAAAGGGUUAACCUAUUUCACUUGUUUUCAUUGUAGAUGGAUCCUGAAAAUGACCGUAAAAUUUCUGACCAUGUGCUGAGGAUGCAUCGAUACAGAAAACCAGGGGAACAAGAGGGGAGGGUGAGUAGUGUUUGGAAAACUUUCUACAAGCAGCAGUUUUUGAUUGUUAUGAAUCUUUAGGAAAAUUUUUUAAGGCAGUUAUUUACAACAUACAUUAUGAUUUAUUCUGGAUAUUCAUUGUAGAGCUUAAAACAAGGUUUUGAAGAAUUACCUUUGUUGGUGACAGAUGAGUUUCAAUCUCCCAUCUCCUCCUUUCUAAAGCUUCCCUCCCCUGCAUCCAGUGUUUAGUCUUGUCUUCUGCCUUUCGACACAAAACACUGCAGAACAAUGAUUAACAAAUGAAUCGUUAUAGCUAUGCAGUUCUCUCAUUUCUCAUUUUCUCUUAUCUUAACGAAUUCCUCAUAUCUCGCCCCAUUCUCUUCUCUUUCCUAUGCUGCUGACCCCCUACACUGGUUAGUCCACAGCUUCAAUUAGGGUUUUUUUUAAACUUUUAUUAUUGUGAUUUCCUGUUCAGCUUUACCAUUUGGAGUAACAACAGAGACUCUAGCCACACAAGACCCAGAGGCAGAGGAUGAGGAGACAGACACACCCAUCUAUGAGAAGUAUGAUGCAAUGUUGCAUGGAAAGCGAAAAGAUCGCAAGUAAGUUGACUUAUGCGUCUGGUAGAACUUAAUUAUUUUGCAAUCCGAAAUGAAAAAAAAAUCUUUAGGUUUACAACAGAAAGAUGUUCUUAAGAUUGAGACACUUUGAGAUGAUAUGAAUUCUGUUCUUGGUUGUCUUUCAGGGAGAAAUAUGUGUCAAUGGCAUUUAUGAAGAAAUACAUUCAUGUAGCUAAAGGCAUCAAGGUUAGCAAAAACCGCACUGCAAUAAAAUGUGCUAAAUCUGCUACCAUGCUUAAUAACUGAUACACAGAAGAAGGUAGAGUUUAGCAACGCAUCCAUUGAGUAGCUCUUUGUCUACUGUGUUUGGGUUUGAUUGGAAUUUGGAUUAUAAAGGAAAGAAGGAAGGAAAACACGUUGGACUUUUAGAGAAAUACCCUAGAAGACAGGGUGAGAGCCAGCAACAAACACGUGACGUCAAGUGUGGGAAUGGAACCCUCGCCACAUUAGAAGUGGAUGAUGGCUCCUACCACCGUUUCAUCCUUUCUCUUCCUCCGUGUAACCCUUUAACUCCCAAGAUCUGAUUGUUAAUUCUCCCCUCAAGUUGUUACACAUUUCCUUGUAAAUUGGUUUCGAGAAUUUGGUGUUAGAUCAAGUUGACAACUUCUACUUGAUAAGUCUGAGUAUUCUCAUAACUUUUUUGGUGGGUGAUGCAUGGAUAUUAUUGGGAGAAGUUACGUGUGAAUCAUUUCUGGGAGUGAAAGGGUUAAUUUAUUUUGCUGUAACCUUUUUUGAAGGAAGUCGACCACUUUAGAGAGUUGUGCCCAAGUGUUCAAGGGAUGUGUUUUUCAUUUGCUAUUUUUUCUGUCUUAGCCUCGCUUGACAAAACAAGCAGCAGACAAAAUUUCCAAAAGCUAUUCAGCUCUGAGAGACCAGGAGAACGUUGGAAAUGAGAAGGCUAAGGUAUGUAGCUUAUUAAAAGAAUAUAAAAAUAAAUCAAUCUGUCUAUCAUUAAUUUAUUUGUCUGUAUUUUCUGAUUUAGAGUCAAUUUACAUUCGAAGCACACCACGCAUUCUUAAAAUUCCUCAUUUAACUUAACAAAAAAAACAAAAUCCCUUUUGUUAUUCCUGCCACUUUAUACAAGUUUAACUCAUUGUAUGACGUUUUCUUCACAGACAAUGCCUGUUACUGCACGAACUCUGGAAACAAUGAUUCGUUUGGCCACAGCACACGCCAAGGCAAGAAUGAGCAAGACUAUCGAGGAGGUUAGUAAUUUAAAAUUAUAUGUUACAGCAGAUUUCGUUUGAGUGCAAUAAAACAGUGUAAUCACAACGGCGAGUCUCAGGGAAAUCUAACCACUGUCAUUUUUUUUAGGACGAUGCUGGUGCUGCAAUUGAUAUGGUGUCGUUUGCGUACUUUCACAAGGUAACCAUCAAAAAUUGUUUUGAAGCAAAUAUGCUAUACGUGCUUAUAGUCACAACGAAGAGUUUUAAAUUGAAUGGAGCAUUUUCAAAUAAAAUUUCAAAUUUCGUGUGAAGACAUGUGCGACGGUAAUGCAGCAUUUUUGGUUGAGUUUCAUAGAGGCAGAGUAAUUCUGGUGGUUCUACAACAUCGUAAAUUGAAUAUCUACAUCGCACACCUCAUAUUCUCUGACAACCAGUUGAAUGAACAUUAAUGACGUAAAACGUUACCCAUAUCAGUGUCAAAUAAUUAGCCUUACCGUUGAGUUACAUGUAUAUAUUAUCUCUUGAGAAGGUCUCUUUUCUUUCCAGGUGGAGAAGAGAGAAAAGAACAAAAGGAAGAAAGAUUCUGAGGAGGAAUCUGGUGAAGAAGAGGAGGAGGAAGAACAGGAAGAAGAAAGUCAAACCAGCCAAUCACAGCAAAGAACAUCCAGAACGUAAGAGCUGUGAAAAAAAGAAAGAAAGGAAAGGAAACAGAACAACAAAAAGCAACAUAAAACAAAACUCGUUGUAUGAAACACAACUCUACUGAAUACACCCUAUAACUGGGUUAGCGCCCCAUAUUUGGGUUCGUAUUUCUUGAAGCGCCAAAUUUUUUUUUUGACAACUUUCCUAGAAUUUUCCAAUCUUUGCCCGCUCUCAGUUUCUUUAAAUUCUCAACAGCAGUUGUGUCAGAAUCAGAAGAAUAUUCAAUUCCUUGGGUUAAAUUAUUAUUUCUGUUGUAGAGCCACUAAAUCACAAGCCAAGAAACAGAAAGUAGCAAAGAAAGAUAGAGGCGAUGGAGAUGGCGACCCGUAUGAUUUUGACGGCGAUGACGGAGAACAAGAAACCGGAGGUAAGCUUUCGUAAAAACUACAAAAAGAGGGCCUACAUUAUGAAGUAUUAGUCAUUAGGUAUAAUUAUUUUUCGUUGCUUUACUGUUGCCUCAGAUGUUGUAGAGAGGAUGAAAAGUCGUCGUUCAGCCAAAAGCAGUGGCACUGAAGAAGCCAUGGAUACAAGUGAUGACAGAACUCCUGUUUCUCUUUCGUCUGAAAGGUAAACAAAGAUACCAAAGUAAAGUAUUUUAGGUGUUUGCUUUAUACACCUUGUUAUGUCAUUGUGUGAAUUUAAUGUUAGGUCAGGACAAUUACUUACAUUUUUGCUUUAAAAUUACUCUUUAGGGGUUUGCGUAUUUAAAAAAAAACUAGCAAAACGUUUGAAGUUUUUCCUUUUCAGUUCGUAAUUUUUUUUUCCAUUAUUAAAUAUCCUCGAGCCUCCUUGGUUUACCGUUGCCCUUUUUUUCCCUUCCUCAUCGUAUAAAUGUUUUGUAGUCCCCUUUAACUUGAGGAUAGUUUUGCACCAAAAAAAUGACUAAAAUCUAAAAAUGUCGCGAAAUAAUUAUUUUAACUUCAACCUAGCAGAGGGUGGUCAGUAAAUGAUUUUCUGUAAAACAAAACUCAUUUCAGUGUGUUUUUGUUAUUUUUUAAACCUCCAACUCACCUCAUUCUUGGCAGUUUAUUGAUCAUUAAUUUUUUAUCAAAUCUAUUUGCUCUCAGACUCGGUGAAUUCAAAGCCGCUUUGUUGAAGGCCUUCUCUUCGGCGCAUGCCCAGACUCUACCGCUGACCACCGUGAAGGAGUCUGUAAAACGUGAGAAGGCAUUCCGUGACGAGGAAAUCGAGAGUGCGUUACAAGUCAUGCAAGAUGCAAAUCAAAUCAUGGUGGCCGACGAUAACGUGUUCCUUAUUUGAAAACAUUUGUGAGUAACCAGUAACGAACGUUGUACGAAAGCAGUUGUAAAUUGUGUGUGUUUUAUAAAACUUUCCUUAACAUUGACCUCUGAAGGUCAUUCAGCUGUCAGUAGUUAAGUACUAAACGUGGUUAUCAAUAACACAAUACUUAGUCCUCCCCCUCCCCCCCCCCCUUAAGUAAGUCUCCCCGCCCCUGGAGUCGUGGAUAUUAAAAAGCUUCACGGUUGCCUGAUAGAUAGUCGGGUAUUCUCAAAAAGUUUGAUUUCAGUUUCUCCGAGUAUAAUUUAAUUGUUAAUUUCAAUUGAUCAACCGAGCAAAGACCUUGUUUAUGUUAGGUAUUUGUUAAGUAUUAAGAACUGAAGUUGAAAUUCUUCAAAGAUUUGGAUAUGGUAGACUUUCUUUCAGUUACAUCGAGCAAGCAGAUUUCUGUGCUGGAUGUUUGAGUUAAGAGUCCAUAGGUUUUUGUGG